AUACUGCUCUUCAUUAUUUUAUCCAUUCCCGCCACCCGCAGCUGAGAGUGUAACGAACACUUUCAGAAAUUAACGGUUCCAAUUUCCAAUGGCGCUGAGCUUCUUCUUCUCUCCGGCAGUUCCAAUCCAUCGCAUUAUUAGCUGUCAAGCUACGACCAAUCAGCUGUGCGCAGAACGCAUCGCUGCCCCAUCAUCAUCAGCUCUCUCUAUAAACCCUAAUAAUCCUAUCCCUUCUCCUCCAUCUUCCUUAUCUUGCGCCCUCAAUUGCACUCAUUUCCAGUCGUGUUCUGGUUGCACUCAAGAGUUUGAUCUUCACCGUCCAGUAGUUAUUGAUGAAGCUAUAGGUUACUUCAAGAAGCUCGGCGUGAAAGAUUUUUCAUUUGAUAGUUGUAGAUUAUGGGGAUGGAGAUGUCGUGCAAAGCUUGCUAUUCGCGGUUCAUCAAGCAAGCCCCUGAUUGGGCUUUAUGAGGAGGGCACUCAUAAUGUAGUUGAUAUCCCGGACUGUAAAGCUCAUCAUCCGAACAUCAAUGCUGCUGUGGAGCUCCUGAAGCGAGGGAUAAUUGAGUUGAAUGUUGAACCAUAUGAUGAAGAUCAAGGCACUGGUGACCUGAGGUAUGUUCAGAUGGCCGUCACAACGCAUGAUACAUCCCUUCCUAUCCCGGAGAGAUAUAAGAAUGGUAAAGUGCAGGUCUCUUUGGUUUGGAAUUCAAGAAGCGAGAAUUCAGCUAGCGCUGGAAAAUUAAAUGCUUUAGCCAAUUUCCUCUGGGCAAAUGGUGGGCCAAAGAGAAAAGUUCAUUUAAUUCAUUCAGUUUGGGCUAAUUUCCAGACAUCAUCAAAUAAUAUUAUCUUUGGAAACAGAUGGAGACAUUUGUUAGGGGAAAGAGAUUUCUGGGAGCACAUUGGAGGGAUUGAUGUCUCUUUAGCUCCAUCAAGCUUUGGGCAAGCAAAUACACGGGCUUUUGACUCUUUGCUGCGGAAGUUACAGAAAUAUGUCCCACUCGGUGCAUCAGUUGUUGAUCUCUAUGCAGGAGCUGGUGUAAUUGGGUUAUCUUUGGCUUUUUCAAGGAAAUGUCGGUCAGUUAAAUGUGUUGAGGUUAAUAAAGAGUCCAAGCAAUCUUUUGAGAAGACAGUUGAGCGCUUGCCUACCAAUGUCGAAAGCAAUAUCAGCUGGCACCAUGCAGACGCUUCUAUAGAACCAACUUCAUGGCUCUUGGGAUCGGAUGUUGUUGUGGUUGACCCUCCGAGGAAAGGGCUGGACCCGUCCUUGGUGAAGGAACUACGGCACAUCUCAGCAUUGGAACUGAGAACCAAUUCAUCUAAAAGACCUGAAAAGGUAAGAGACGAGAAGAGACCGUGGGUCCUGCGUGCCAGAGAAGCUGCAAUUCAAAUUGAAAACACAACUGUACAUGAGGAAGAUCAAUCAUUGCCUCAGAUUCUUAUCUAUAUUAGCUGUGGUUGGGAAAGUUUUAAAGAGGAUUGCUUGUCACUGCUAGCUAGUAAGGAAUGGCAUUUGCAUAAAGCCCAUGGCUUUAAUUUCUUUCCUGGAACACAAAGUAUUGAGAUUCUAGCUGUCUUUAAACGCGGCAGAGGAGCUAGCACCAAGAAGAAGAAAUCGGGGAAAAAACAAAAGAGACCCCACUGAAUAACCGAGCAAAAGAAGAAGUCAAUGUUGAAGCUCAUAUUCAACUGAAGCAAACUACAAGGAACAGAACAGGAGAAAGGAGCAGCCCCUGUUCUGGAAUUCUUUCGAAGGCAUAAGAGCAUUCCUCAUGUAGGGGUUGUUUGGGGCAGGGAGAAGAAUUCAUGAUUUCAUGUGUAGCAAGAAAUAAUCUUUUGGCUCUUCAAGCAUCUCCCCGGUCUUUCUGCUUGGUCUCUAUCGUUUCAAUGUUCUUAUCUUUUAGGUUGCUAUAGGUAACAGAGCAUUGGACAUCUGGAUGCUUUAUAAUGAAAAGUAUGAUAGUAGCAAUACUAUUGUUCUUUAUUCUA